AGAACUGCCACCGGGGCCGCGCAGGUGGCUGACGAGGGAGGAACUGAGAACCAGGCUGGACGCCCCACGUCAGAGAAAUGGGGGCAAAGAGCCUCCUGGUUCGGGGCCGCGGGGGUGACGAGGUCAAGCCGACUUCCCCGUGAGACUUAGGAAGCCCCUGGGCCGGAUGGCGGGAACACCGGCUUGUUCCCUCAUCGCGCCUGUCGGGACCUUUGACGGUCUUUGGUCAAGAGACACAGGCUUUCGCCCGGCCUGUCCUCCGCCGCUCUGGUCCCGUGGCUCAUCCUCGUGUCGCGGAGCCCGUGGUCUGUGACAGGCGCACUCCUGCUCCGGCGCAGGGGCCCUGUCGGUCCACCCGAGGCGUCUUCCGAAGUCCGCCCCCUCCCCAGACUCGUCCCUGUGCCAGAAAGUCUUUGAUGUGCUUCUGGGUCAGAACUCAGCCUCGUUUCGGUGGAGACCCCGUCCCCUCACGUGCAGAGGAAGAGGAAGGCCGCCAGCCUCCCAGCGCCGCGGAGAAGCCGCCAUCCCAGAGCCGCUCCCCGGGUCCCGAGCCGGAGCGGGAGCGAGAGCAGGGGCAUCGGCCGCUCCCCACGGCCUGCUUCUUCCCGCGCAGGAUGCUGACCGCAGACGACCCCGCCGAGCCCGCAGAGACCGGCCGCCCGCCGGAGGAUGGCGGGCCCGGGGCCCACGCCGAGGACACGGCCACGCUCUCCGGGGAGCACGGCCCGGCUGAGCGGACGCUGAACCAGCAGCUGCAGCAGCAGGUGGCCCAGCUGCACGAGGCCCUCAGGAGCCAGGAGUCCCGGUGGGCCGCGGCUCAGCGCCACCUCCAGAGCCAGAUAGACGCCCUCGUGCAGCAGAACCUGGAGCUCCGGGAUGGACUGACGGCCCCACGGCCGCUGUGGGAGGCAGACGCCACCCUGGGCGCCAGGCUGAAGCUGGACACUCUGGCCACACACCAGUCCUCCCAAAGUCUGCAAGAAUCGAGCGGCCAAAAGUCGCCAGAAGCAGCCGCGAGUGUCGCCAGGCUCCAGGACUGUCCAGCUGCUCAGGGAAAGGGCACCCGUCCACUGCCUUGCAAGGGUCCUGAGGGCGGGCUUCUCAGCCGGGAGCGGGCUGAACCCUCCUGGAGAGCCAGGGCCUUCCCGCGUGGACGCCCAGACAGAACAGGGGACCAGGAAGAAGGAAUGCGGUCCCCGGCCAGCGAGGUUUAUGGUUCCACAGACGUUCGGAUCACGCGCACGACCCAUCCCAGCGGUCCGGCCGAACUGCGGUUCCCUGAGCAGACAGAAAAAUACCACCCCGAUGGCUCGACGGAGAUCGUGCAUCCGGAUGGGACCGUGAGACGUCUGAGCGGUGGCCGUGAGGAGACGGUGUUUCCCGACGGGACGGUCGUCACCGUGGAAAGGAACGGCGACAGGACCAUCGUGCUCAGCAACGGGCAGAGGGAGAUCCAAACGGCCGGGUUCACGCGGCGGGAAUACCCCGACGGCGCCGUCAGGACCGUGUACUGCUCGGGCUCCCAGGAAACCCGGUCCGCCUCCGGGACCGUGAGCAUCAGGUGCCCGCCUGGGAACGUCCUCCUGGCCAGAAGGCGUCGGGCGUCCCUCAAAACCCAACGUUACGCGUGACUUCCCAAUUACGGUUUUGUUGUUUUUUUUUGUUUGUUUGUUUUGUUUUGUUUUUGCUGAAACAGACACAGAAACUAAUAGCCUAUUCACGGCCCUAAAUGGCGAUAAAACUUUAGGACACCAAGUCAUGCAGGAUUUGUGAGUCCAUAGACCCCGGGCUUCCUUGGUCGAGACGCGUGGUUCGAUCGGCCCCAGCUGGGGGACAGGGGACUCACCAGAGAGCGCGUCCCAGGAGCCCUAGCAGGGCCGCCGCUGUCCGCCUCUCAGGGGCCGGCGCUGCCCUGUGACGGGAUCGGGGGUCAGCGGGGCGGCCCCGUCAGGCCCCUGAUGAGCAGACCCCGACUCCCCUCCCUCCACAAGCCCCAGCCAGACCGAUUGCCCUCCGUGACCUCUAACCCCCAACCUUGCCGGGUCGGGUAGGAAGAGAGUUGUAGCCCCCACAGGGAGCCUGGCCCGGGUCAGCAUGGUGGGUCUUGGGGCCCGUCCCUGCCCGGCAGCAGUCCCCUCCAGAGGCUCAGGAUCUGCUCCUCUCAAGGUCACGACAGAGACCAGUGACCUCCUCAUGGUGCCGUUUGCAGGCCGCCUAGAAACUAACAGCGCGACGGCGGCGAGCGGGCUUCGUCCUCACGCGGAGACUCCCCGGGGAAGAAUCCCUUCUGGAACCAUCUUGUCGCGAAACG